AUUAGAUUCCAUUCUCUCUUGUGAAGUUUUUGAAUCCCCUUUUUGGUUUCCCUCUUGUUUUUAUCCUCUCUCUUUCCCAAUAAUAUAUUCCAAAAUUCUUCAAAAACAGAAACCAAUCCUGCACACCACUGUUUCGAUUCCCACAUAAUUUUUCUUCCAUUCCAUCGCCCUUUCAUAUUAAAUCUUCUCAAAAUGUUCUCUCACAUAACCAUCAUCAAUUACUUGAAAUUGCCCAAAAAGUACAGCCUCCCCACCAAAUCCUUGCCCCCCUUUUCUCGAUUUCUUCAAUUCAUUUUCUCUGUGCUCCUUCAAUGGAGACGCCACCAUCCGCCAGAGAAUUUGCUGAACUUCAGUGGGUCGCAUGUCGAAGAAGCUUCACCAACACCGCCCCAUCUCCUUUUCUGCACUUUCUGAAUGGGUGGACUUUGUUGCGAGAAUCUGAUCCCCCAUCUCAUAAAAAUUUUGAUGAGGUAUGGCAGAAAAGAGCUCAAGAAGCCAAGAAGGCUGCCAUUGAGGCCUAUCAACCCCAUCCAGAAGAAGUCACUAGUAAUUUCAACCAGCAAGUUCACAAAUCCUUAGAUGGUGCAAAUAACACAAGGAGACAUUUGAAGCAUUACAGUGGUGGUCCAUGCUUAGCUACGAACCCCAUCGACCGAUGUUGGAGAUGUGACAAACACUGGGCUAAAAACCGCAAGAAGCUAGCUGAAUGUGCACUUGGCUUCGGCCGUGGAACAACUGGAGGCAAAGAUGGAAGGUAUUACGUGGUUCGAGAUUCGAGCGAUAACGACUUGCUCAAUCCUAAACCAGGAACCCUGCGCUACGGUGUGAUACAGGAAAAACCACUUUGGAUUGUAUUUGCACACGACAUGGUUAUUAGGCUAAGUGAAGAGCUUAUAAUAACCGAUAACAAGACAAUAGAUGGACGCGGUGCCAACGUGCACAUCGCCAAUGGCGGUCAAAUUACUCUACAAUUUGUGAAGAAUAUAAUCAUCAGUAAUCUGCACAUCCAUGAUAUCAAGAAUGGCCAUGGAGGCCUUAUAAGAGACUCGGUGAGCCACUAUGGUUUACGAACACCGAGCGAUGGUGAUGGCAUCUCAAUGUUUGGAGCCACAAAGAUUUGGAUAGAUCACGUUUCAAUGUCGAAUUGUCAAGAUGGACUUAUAGAUGCCGUCAUGGCAUCUACUGGCAUUACAAUCUCCAACUGUCACUUCACCCGACAUAACGAUGUGAUGUUAUUGGGUGCAAGUGAUAGCUACUCAAAUGAUCAGAUUAUGCAGGUAACUCUUGCAUUUAAUCACUUUGGUAAAGGGUUGGUGCAAAGGAUGCCAAGAUGCCGAUGGGGGUUCGUCCAUGUAGUCAAUAAUGACUACACUCACUGGCUCAUGUAUGCCAUCGGCGGUAGCCACAAUCCCACCAUCAUCAGCCAGGGCAACCGCUUCAUUGCCCCGCCAGACCCAAACUGCAAAGAGGUGACAAAAAGGGCAUACGCAUCGGAGAGCGAGUGGAAGUCAUGGAACUGGAGAUCAGAAGGAGAUCUAAUGAUGAAUGGAGCAUUUUUCAUCGAAUCGGGGAGCCCCAUCAGAAAGUACUCCAAGAAAGAUGUUAUCACUGCAAAACCAGGGAGCUUCGUGACCAGGCUUACACGAUUCUCGGGGCCUUUGAAAUGCAGAAAUAACCGGCCCUGUUAGUGAAAUUUGUGCACAACUUUCAAUUGUGAAUACUGAAUAUGUACCCUGUGAUCAACAGAGGUUGUAGUAUAGUAAA